AUGCUUAUUACUAGCCGUAGGGCUAAAGCACUAUCGGCGCCGGCUAGGCAAGGCUACCCACGCAGUGCGGAAGCCUGCAGACCAGUGGUGGAAGAUGUUCUAGGAAAUGAGGUAUCGGAGCCUACAGCAGGUAGCAUUUCCUGUCUGCCUCGGCAUAGUCUGGCCAGCCUUGGCCCUGCCUCUCCGUCGGCUCUGUCCUGCUCUGCCCUAAUCUGCCCUAACUUGGCCUGGCCUGUCCUGUCCUGGUCUGGUCUGGUCUGGUCUGACUUGGUCAGCCCAACUCGGCCACCCGUCUACGGCACAAGUGACGUAAUCUUGCCUGAGUCAGGUGGGGAGGCAGGUCAUCUCCAGUUUGCCGAAAUGUACCUUGACCCAGAGAAUAAAAUGGAAGAGACCAAAGUGAUUGAGAUUACUAAGGACACGACAUCAACAUCAACAUCAACGCCAACCUCUUCAUAA